CCCAGUAUGAUGCAGGUACCUUCUGACGCACAUAUAAAAUAUGGUGGGUUGGUGGGUAUCCACCACUUAACGCGCCUGCACGCUUACGCGAUCCAAGUUACUUCGUAACGAAUUGAAACGAAUUGAAAGUCGAUAAGAUAAAUAACCCAAGAUAAACAUGCCCAAGAAAUAAGAAAUAAGAAAGAAGAUAACCAAUUCUACUUAUUCUCCCAUUCUCCCUUUGACAAGAUAAAACGAUUCACGUCAAUGGCAUUCCCCGAUUCUUAGAUUUCAAUGGAAUAAUAAAUAAUACUACACACAAGCUUCAAGAUUUCGCCAAUGGGCUUAUAUAUAGCCAUCUCUGACUCUCCGAGUCGCCAUGGACGAAUUUUCCGACGAUGAUUUCGACACCCUCAAUCCGAACGUCCUACAAGAACUCGAAAAUAAUGCGAUUCAAUUCACCCAAGCCCAGAAGAAAUACCAAGAGUCCCAAUCUCAGACCCAAUUCGUUGACGAUUUCGAAGAUGAUGAUCUCGAUGAUGCCGUCGUACAGGACGAGCUACGCGGAAAUCCCAUCCUCCCAGAAGAAACGACCGAACUACCGUCGAGGAUAGUUCCUCAACAGCAAUACCAGCAACAAUAUCAGCAACAAUGGGGUGGUCCAGUACCCGUCCCAGCUAGUCGCUUUCGUCCCGAGACUGCCCAAGCGCCCUCUCGAAAUCCACUACCAGCUCCUACCAGCUCCCGCCAACCCCAGCAGCAACAGUCUAUUUCUCGUGCUCCACCUCCAUCUUAUAGUCAAAUCCGCCCACCGCCUCCUUUGCCUCGACCAACCCCUUCUAUCCCUCAGAGGUACCAAGCCUCGCAAGCUCAAAGACCGAAUAUCCCAUCGAAUCACGAAAUUUCCGCCUUACAGGCUCAGAUAUUAGAUCUAAAAACACGGCUUACAACCAAAGAUGGAGAGAUAGGCAUUGUCCGGAAACGACUGGAGAAAACACGAGAGGAUUACGAACGAGAGCUUCAAACAAUCAAAAAACAGGCAGCGGAGCAGGUAGCAAAGCAUGAGAAGGCUCUCGAAGCUGCCAAGGCAGCACAACAAGCCGCUUCUACGGAGCUCGAAUUUACAAGACGAGAUCUCAAAGGCGAACUAGAUCGCGCUAAGCGGAAAGAUGGACCAGCGACGCCUAAGAAGAAUACUAUAGCCAAGUCGAGGGGUAUUGCUGACGGGUUCGAAGAUGUCGAGAUGGCUGGUAGCCCUAGCAAGGGACGGCGUGGUAGAAAUACCGGCGCUGUAGCAGGCGCUAUGGUCGAGCCUCCUGCGAGACUGGCGAGAACACCAACAAAAGGAAAAAGGAAAAGACUAGCUGCCGAUAGUCCUAUCGGAGCGCUAGAAACGCACUCGGAAGAUGCUGUUAUGUUGGAUGAUACUAACGCAAACGAUACCAAUAAUACCCAAGUCAUAACCGUAAAUAGAACGCCCAAGGCCGCUUCAUUCGAUUAUAUGAAGGUGAUACUUAGUCACAGUUAUACCCGCGGCGGUCCACUAGCUUUCGAGUCCCUUGCUAAUUAUCGGCUUCCGUCGAGGCCUACAGAAAGCCUUGCUUCUAUCCUCUUCCAGAAAUUGGCGGUUAUCGGAGAUCCUCAGGAUCCUAUGCGCCUCCCGACUGAGUUCUGCGAGCAGGUUAUUGAACUGUGGCGAAGCUGUCAUAAAGAGGGCAUUCUGGAGCCCAUAAUGCAGCUUGUGUCGUUGAUAUAUCUAACCGUGCAACUAUACACUGUAGCUGUUGCUCCGUAUAUCGCACCCUCCCUUCUUCCAGUUGCUAUGGACUCGUGUUUUGAGGUAGGGAUCCCUAGAUUUUAUCACGAGGGUCCCGGUGAUCCACUCGAAGAGGCAUGGAAAAAUUUUAACAGGAAUAUUUCGACCACAGAGAUCCUUUCUUUGUUAUAUCUGACCGCUUUAGGCUGCGCGGCUUCGCCGCCCGUCGACGGUAUUACGGACCCCGCAGUCGAUUUUUGGAGUCAGGUGCAAGUGGAAUUCGUCCUCUUACAUCUAAGUCAAAAGCAUCCCGUAGAGGACUACCUUACCAUACUGAGAUGGUUGUGCACAUCGGUGUUCCCGGACAGCAUCGGACCUAUCAGCCCUGAUAGGACAGUAGAAGUCGUGGCAGGCGCGUUGAUCGAGCGCAUUUCGCAUCAGCUCGUGGAGAAACCGCGUUGGAAAAUCGACCAGUACAAGCAACGAGUCGUUAGGAACGCAGUGCUUCGAACGCUAGCCGCCUUCGCGAGGUCUCCGUUCGGACUGGCGCAGUUGGCCAUCAACGACUACGCUAUACCACGCCUAGUCACCUUGCUCUCUUCGUGUAUAGACGAGCUGUACGAUGGAGAUAUGCGUUAUGAAUCUUCGGACGACGACUCGCAAAAGGAAUUGCAGACAAUGGUGGCACGCACCGUGUUGCUACUACACACGAUUAUUACAAAUCCCCUAACUGCAGAUUUGGUGAACGUGUCGGGGAAACUAGCUAAGCCACCAGGCGUAUCGCAGAAGUAUCUACUCAGCUUAGGACGACUCAACUUUUCAGAAGAUUUGGUAUCAGAGGAAACGGCAGAGCUUGCGCACGAGCUAUUGGAACUAGCAGUAACACCAGAAGAAGGUGAAGAGCUAGGUCGGUUCUUUGGGGGGUGAGGAUUCUGGUCGCGCCUUUGAGGAAUGCUAGCCACUUAGCCUAUGAACGUACCAGGACCGUGUCAUCAAUGCGGCUCAUUCUACUGUUUUAAGACACUAAUUCGGGUGCUCCUGGUUCGAAAUAUGUUUGGAAGGCCCAAAAACGUGUUGGGUAUCGAUUAUCAAGGAUAUAGGAUGCCGGUGUAGAAGCCCUGCCCGACUUACUUGUUCAAAGAUGUCUUAUUUGGCACUAAUGUCUGGAAGCACAUACUAGGUAACUAACCGUCAGCGAUGGUUUAAUAUUAUCUGGCAAUAUAUCAAUAUAUCAAUAUAUCCUGGCAAAAGUGCGUACCCGAAGAUAAUGAUGGCUACGAUGGACUUGGAGAUAAAUUAAUAUAACUGGUCGAAUAGUAGAGUAGAUGUAUACACAAUCUGCAGCUUUGGACAUAACAAGAUGAUAAUUGAGGUUCUCUUACAAAAACUUCAAUGUGGAUUUGCG